AUGCCGGCUGCCCUGUUCUGUUCCAGCGCGGUGACGGCCCUCAGCUUCUCGGCGGACCGGCCCAACCUGCUGGCCGCGGCCGUGCAGGCGGGCCACGUGUACGUGGUGGACGUGUCGCUGCACGUGGAGGACGCGCGCGCCGUCCGCCGCCUGCAGAGCGGCAAGGCGCCCACGGCCUUCGCGCCCGUGUGGGACGUGCAGUGGUUCACGUACACGGACUUCGUGGCGAGCGCCGAGGAGGUGCUGGCCGUGGGCGACGACGGCUGGGUGUGCAAGUGGAACCUGGACCGCGACUGGGAGUCGUACCCGCUGUGCCGCGUGCAGCACUACCCGGAGCCCGGCCGGUCCAGCCCCAAGGCGGCCAAGGGCGUGGCCGACCCCGGGGCGUGCGAGCCGCGCGUGCUGUCGGCGCUGUGCGUGGCGCUGCUGCCCGGCACGCGCUACCUGGUCGCCACCAAGGAGGGCGUGGUGGCCGAGUGCCACGUGCACCGCCGCUCCAGCCGGCCCGUGCUCAGCGCCGCGCACGCCGGCCCCAUCUACGCCAUCCGGCGGUCGCCCUUCUGCGGCAACCUGUACCUGACGGCGGGCGCGGACUGGACGGCGUGCCUGUGGCUGCGCGGCUGGGAGGAGCCGCUGGUCAAGCUGUGCAGCCCGCAGAACGCCGCCGUGGAGUCCGCGGCCUGGUCGCCGUGCCACGCCACGCUGCUGGCCACCGCGUCGGGCAAGGAGCUGCAGGUGUGGGACAUCGCGCGGCGCGCCGCCUCCGCGCGCCCCGUGGCCGUGGUGGUCAACGAGCGUGCCCAGAGGUUCACCCGCGUCGACUGGGCGCGCGACGGGCUGAGCCUGGUGUCGGGGGACCGCGCCGGCCACGUCUGGGUGCACCACCUCGGCGACCUGCCGCACCGGCCCCGCCUGCCCAGGGAGGCCCUGGUCGCCGCGCUCAGCGUGCUCGUGCCGCCACACCGCAGGCCCCUGCUCCGGGAGAAGCUCCUCUGCGACGACUGA